UUCAAAGGUCGUCCUGCAGUUCCUCCUCUGACCGUUGGGGGUCAGUGAAACUAUGAGUUCCGUCUGGACCGGAGCAUCAAAAUCGAAACUUUCAAUGAGUUAAACUCUAGAUAAAUAGUUUGCCCCCCCUCGUCCACUUUCUCCCCGGCUUGUUUUAAUUGACAGUCGGGACAAUGAACGGCUCGUUGAACUCGCCCACCGACCCGGUGAACAUAACGCUGAAACGGGGACCGACAGGUCUGGGCUUCAACAUCGUGGGAGGAGUGGACCAGCGGGACGCCAUGAAUGACAGCGGCAUCUACGUGUCCAAGAUCAAAGAGGACGGAGCGGCGGCGCUGGACGGGAGACUCCAGGAGGGAGACAAGAUCCUCUCUAUAAACGGGACCAAGCUGGAGAACAUGGCGCACCGACAGGUGGUGAACAUUUUCAGGUGUGCGGGGAACCAGGUGGAGCUGCACGUUUUGAAGAGGCCAAAAGAGGAUUGGACCCGUCACAGACCUGCACCUGCAGGAUGGACGCCUUCGGCCCUGCCCGUCCUGGGAUUUCUGCUGGCGCUCUCCGCUUGUGCGGUGCUCGUGGUCCGAAGGAUCCGGUCUUCUAACUGACGUAAACACAGAAAAACGUAGCUUAACGCCAAAGAAGUGAAUGAAGGACCAGCGUCUGAACCGUAGAGGCUUUUCUUCCCUUUAGCAGGUGAUCGUGUCGCCAACGAGUCUCUCCGACUUUUACCUAUCUGUGAUUAACUGUAGCUUCUGGAUAGCUCCUCCCACGCGAGUCACGCUCGCCUCCCGCCGAUGAAUGUGUGGCGUGAGGAGGGACGCAUGUGAAUAUUCCAGCGGCGGAGCUGAGAUCCGCUUGUGAACCGCCAGACUCUUGUGGGAGGGGCUUAAAGUGAGGGAAACGCCUCCAGCGUCUCAGCUCCGUUCACGCUCAGACGUAGAUCUGAUCCGUCUGCCCUCUGAGCAGAUCUCCAUCGGGUCUUCAGGAGAACCCGAUCCUUUCAAACCCCGACAUUCAGGCUCUGUCAGCAGGUUCUUCCUCAGAUUCCCUCCUGGUUUCAGACUUCAGACCCAGACUGCUGCUCCUGCAGACACAAAGGAAACAGAAUCGGUGGAAAAAAUCUCAGAGGUUUGCACUUGAUGGAUUUCCUCCAGCAGCAGGACAGGAGAGCUGAAGUUCACUUCCUGUAAAUCUGUUAACGUGACGCUCUGGCAUCAGAAAGGUUCGCAGAUGAAGUCCGCUCUGUUGAUUGAAGUGUUUCAGGUCCCGAAGCCCAUUUCCUGUCAGAUGUUUUUCCCCUUUCGUGUCCAAAGCCUGGCUUAAGGCGGCGUCUUUCUUCGUGAACAUGGCGGUCGUUAAGGAUCUCACAGAGAACACUGAUGUCUGCCUGCCUCUGUGGAAACAUGACAGUGUUUGUUGUGACGAAGCACAGAAGGCCAAAGAGGACCUGCAUCUUUGAGCAGAUGUAAUGUUUGCAUUCCAAAAUAAAAGCACUGGUCUCCAAUGAAAAA